ACUCCAACAGGUGGCGGUGUUGGCGGUAAGACACCCAGACACACGAAGAAGUCCCGUCUCCAACAACUCAUGGUACUUAUGCUAAACUCACAACAAUGUCUUGGGUUAAAUUUGCGUCUAAAAUCGAGGACGACGUUUUUGACGAAACCGCGGACGAACUUGAAGUUUCGAGUAAAGAAUGGGAGUCCAGUAUGAAGAAAAGAAUCAGGGAUGGUUAUGUGGACGGUGCUGACGCCGGGGAAGAUGCUUCACUGUCGGUGGGCUUCAGAGAAGGCUUCAGGGAAGGAGCGGCUAGGACUGUGGCUGUUGGUCGACUUCGAGGAAUUAUAAGUGCGAUUGGAAGCUGGUACCAAAUCCAGCAUCCAGACCAGCUCGUCCCCGUCUCGAUCAAAGACCUCCUGCAGCGUGUGUCAGAACACGAACGAUCUAUCGUAGAGCAAGUCAAGAAAGAAAUGGAGAUCUCGCAUCCUAGCGUGGACGACGUGUCGGAGAACAUGGAGGACCUGGAGGUGGUGCAGCAGGCGGGCCCAGCAGAGGGCUGCCGCAAGAGUGACUGCUGCAAGCGAACAGAACAAAUGGACACAGAGUCUCAUCUCAGGUCACAAACGUCUCAUUCCGCGUGUAACGCAAACUCAACCGCUUGUGGAGACGGCUUCAGUGAGCUGCUGCAGCGAUGCAUGGAUCUCGUUUUGCAGAUGGGACUGCCUUUGGAGCUGAUGGAGCACAUAGAAGAACUGAAGAACCUUUAAUUCUUCUUAUGUACAGUAGUAAAUAUAUUUUGGGCCCAUAUUAAUAUAUUUAGCCACUUUUGUAUGCAAAUAUUAAACUGUAAAGUGAUUUAUAAAUCUUUUAUAAAGAAUAUUAAAAUCACACUGUUGCAC